AUGGUUUUCAGUCCGAUAAGCAUAUGGACGAUAUUGGCAGUUUUACUGGAAGGUUCGACUGGAAAAACGGAAAACGAGCUAAAAUUAAAAUUAAAAAUGUCUUAUCGGGAUCACGAUGAAGGCGUACAAAUCCUUAGGUCUCGUUACAAUGACGUCAUCAGGUCCCUAGAAGAUAAAAACGGGACGUCCACAGAAUUUUCAUCCCUUAAUUUUGUGAUAACUGAUAAGAACGUGACGUCAGAAUUUAAAAAAAUAUUUGAAAAUUAUUACCACGGUAAAUAUUUUAACAUCGAUAAUAAAAAGAGUAAUUUAUUUUCCGUCGUCGUUAACGGAUGGGCACAAGACGAAUCCAACGGUAGAAUAAAAUCCAUCGUGUCUUCUGAUAUGUUGGACAACGUCGUCAUGAUAUUGGGAAACGCCGUGUAUUUUAAAUCUAAAUGGAAAUAUCCUUUCGAUUCUUCCGACACGUUUCCCAUGCCUUUUAAAAACGACAACGGCAAAGUAAUAGCAAACAUACCCAUGAUGAACGUGGCAGCAGUGCUACCACUAGGUUACAAUUCUUACCUCGAUUCGCAAAUUAUCGAAAUACCAUACGAAGAUGACGUCACAUCGAUGAUAAUAAUACUUCCGCAUCAGAAAACCGGAUUGGAAAAAGUUUUAUCGCUCAUGAAAAGUUUAACGUUGGAUGAAAUAAUACCGAAAAAUACGAGCGAAGAAACUGUACAAAUAUCACUACCCAAAUUUCGUGUCACUAGUAAAAUGUAUUUAAACGAUAUAUUUCAAAAGGAACUUCCGACCAUGUUCAGUUCUCAAAGUGCUGAAUUUCACAGGAUAGGUAAAGAUGUUUUCGUUAGUAAAAUAUAUCAUAAAGCGGAAAUAGAAAAUUCGGAAGAGGGUACGAUCGUUUCCGCCGUAUCGAGGGUUCAAUUCCCAUAUAAAAGUUCGUCGUCUGUUUUUCGUGCCGAUCAUCCGUUCGUUUAUUUAAUUAACGAUAUUAAAACACGAACAAUACUUUUUGCUGGAACUUUUUCAAAUCCGUUCAUGGCUACGACAUCUUUUUAA